CUUGCUCUCCGAGUCCGUGCGGUCCUCGGCGUCCCAGUCCCCACUGCAGCCCCAGCUCAGCCUCCUCCCCUUCGGACCCACCCUGCCCGCUCCCCCACGUCCUGCCCCGGCCCGGUGUCCCCUGCCCCGCGGCCGUCCCGGGGGAGGCCUCGCGCCCAUGGCGCUGCAGGCGCUGCAGAGCUCCGGGGUGGCCUUCCGCAAGAUCCUGUCUCACUUCCCCGAGGAGCUGAGCCUGGCGUUUGCCUACGGCUCCGGGGUGUUCCGCCAGGCGGGGCCCAAUUCAGAUCAGAAGAGUGCCAUGCUGGACUUUGUGUUCACGGUGGAUGACCCUGUGACGUGGCAUGCGAAGAACAUGAAGAAGAACUGGAGCCACUACUCGUUCCUUAAAGCCCUGGGGCCCCGGGUCGUCUCCUCCAUCCAGAAUAACUACGGGGCUGGGGUUUACUACAACCCCCUGAUCACGUGCGACGGGCGGCUUAUCAAAUACGGGGUAAUUAGCACGAGCGUUCUGAUCGAGGAUCUCCUCAACUGGAACAACUUAUACAUUGCUGGAAGGCUCCAGAAACCGGUGAAAAUUGUGGCCAUGAGCGAGAACAGCGCCCUGCGAGCGGCUCUGGACAGGAACCUGCGGAGCGCGCUCACGGCUGCCUUCCUUGUGCUGCCCGAGAGCUUCUCCGAGGAGGAACUCUUCAUCGAGAUUGCGGGGCUCUCCUACUCAGGUGACUUUCGGAUGGUGGUUGGAGAGGAAAAGGCAAAAGUGUUGAAUAUUGUGAAGCCCAACCUAGCCCACUUCCGGGAGCUGUAUGGCAGCAUUCUGCAGGAGAGUCCCCAAGUGGUGUAUAAAAGCCAGCAGGGCAGACUGGAGAUAGAUAAAAGCCCAGAAGGACAGUUCACUCAGCUCCUGACCUUGCCCAAGACCUUACAGCAACAGAUAAACCGCAUCAUGGACCCUCCUGGGAGAAACAGGGACGUGGAGGAGACAUUACUGCAGGUUGCCCAUGACCCCGACUGUGGCCAUGUGGUACGGCUGGGCAUCUCAGCGAUCGUGAGACCCUCCAGCAUCAGACAGAGCAUCAAGGGCAUCUUCACUGCCGGCGUGAAGAAAUCAGUGGUUUACAGCUCACUCAAACUGCACAAGAUGUGGAAAGGCUGGCUGAGGAGAGCGUCCUGAUUCUGCCCGCCCUGACACGCGUCCUGCACAGAUGAAUAAAGCGCUCGGUCCUUUUUCCUAGAAUCACAUUGAUUCCUUUGUCGAAGUGAUCAAAUUUGAAGACACUCUGGUUGUGUAACAUUUGAGUUCUUGAAAAUGUCCAAUUCAGACAUUUACUCAGGUGAGGCAUGACUGUGACCGGCAGGGACAGCGUCCCCUCUGGACAGGACACACGAGUCCCGUGCGGUGGCUGGGGCCGUGGCCGCACUGUGCAGGUGCACGGCCAUCAGACAAGAGGCAGGUGCGUGUGCGUGUGACCGUGCCUCCAGGGAAACUGCAGGCCCGACAAGCCAGGCACUCCCUGUCUCCUUACGUCCCUGCUCUCCGGCCUGUCUGCUCGUUCUGUUAGGCCAGCCACAGCUUCCUUGUUCUCCACAAAGGCGGGUGACAGAGUGGCUUUUGGGUGGGGAGCAGGCACUUUGCCGUGACCUAACACUUGCAAAGCGCUCAGGACAAUGUCCAGCGCGCCUGGGUGAUUCGGUCUGUGACACCACUGAUCUUCUGGAUUGUUGUUUUUGUUAUUUUGUUUCCUCCUUGACAAGCUGUUUCUUGGAUAAAAAUAAGUUAAUUAUUUUUAAAAUUUUAUUUUUACUGUUGUUUACUUAGUUGAGAGGAAUGUAUUGCCAAUGUGGGCUUCUGUUUAGGGUGGGCAGGGUUGAGGUUUGGAGGAAGGUGGGUGAGAUAAACUUUGAGGGUUUUUUUUUUCCUGCGUUCACAGCA